UCCUAGCUCAGAAGCUGCAGCAACUUUUCCUUGCUCUCAUCCAGGCCGGGAGAGAAGUCUUCGGGGCAGCUUCUGUAAAGUCUCUAACUUCUGGGAGCCCUCGACCAAGGGUACUGUGUGCACCCCCACAGCACCUUAGAUUUCCCAAAGCAGACCCAAGAUGGAGCCCGGACAGGCAGGGGGCGCGCUUCUGCUGCGGCUGCUAGCGCUCGCUCAAGGUAUUUUAAGUUGUCUGGCAUACAAUGUUGGCCUCCCAGGAGCAAAAAUAUUUUCCGGUCCUUCAAGUGAACAGUUUGGCUAUGCAGUUCAGCAGCUCACAACUGCACAGGGCAAAUGGCUACUGGUUGGUUCACCAUGGAGUGGCUUUCCUGAGAACAGAAUGGGAGAUGUAUACAAGUGCCCUGUUGAUGUACCUGCUACCACUUGUGAAAAGCUGAACCUGCAAAAUUCAGCAAGCAUCUCAAAUGUUACGGAGAUAAAAACCAACAUGAGCCUGGGUUUGACCCUCACCAGGAAUCCGGGGACCGGUGGCUUUCUAACCUGUGGUCCUCUGUGGGCACAUCAGUGUGGAAAUCAGUAUUAUGCGACUGGAAUUUGUUCUGACAUCAGUCCAGACUUUCAGUCCUUGACCAGCUUUUCACCCGCAGUUCAGGCUUGCCCUUCCCUGGUAGAUGUUGUAGUUGUAUGUGAUGAAUCAAACAGUAUUUAUCCCUGGGAGGCGGUAAAGAACUUUUUGGAAAAAUUUGUACAAGGCCUGGAUAUAGGACCCAAAAAGACACAGGUGGCAUUAAUUCAAUACGCCAAUAGCCCAAGAGUUAUAUUUAACUUGGACACUUUCAAAACCAAAGAGGAAAUGGUUGAAGCCACAUCCAGAACCUUCCAAUAUGGUGGGGACCUCACCAAUACCUUCAAAGCAAUAAAAUUUGCAAGAGACGAGGCUUAUUUACCAGCUGCUGGGGGCCGCCCAGGAGCUACGAAAGUCAUGGUAGUUGUGACUGAUGGUGAAUCCCAUGAUGGGUCGAUGCUGAAAGAGGUGAUCCAGAAAUGCAAUGAUGAUGAAAUAUUGAGGUUCGGCAUAGCAGUUCUUGGGUAUUUAAACAGAAAUGCCCUUGAUACUAAAAAUUUAAUCAAGGAAAUCAAAGCCAUUGCUAGUACUCCAACAGAGAUUUUUUUCAAUGUGGCUGAUGAAGCAGCUCUUCUGGAAAAGGCUGGAACACUUGGAGAACACAUUUUCAGCAUUGAAGGUACUGUUCAAGGAGGAGACCACUUCCAGAUGGAAAUGGCACAAGUCGGAUUCAGCGCAGACUACUCUCCUCAAAAUGAUAUUCUGAUGCUAGGUGCAGUGGGAGCUUUUGGCUGGAGUGGAACAGUUGUCCAGGAGACGUCUCGUGAGCACCUGAUCUUUCCUAAACAGGCCUUUGAGCACGUUCUGCAGGAUAGAAACCACAGUUCGUUUUUAGGUUACUCUGUGGCUACAAUUUCUACUGAAAAUGGUGUCCACUUCGCUGCUGGCGCUCCUCGGGCAAAUUAUACUGGCCAGAUAGUGCUAUACAGUGUCAACAAGGAUGGCACUGUCACAGUGAUUCAGUCUCACAGAGGGGACCAGAUUGGCUCCUAUUUUGGUAGUGUGCUGUGUUCAGUUGAUGUGGAUAAAGACACCAUUACAGACGUGCUCUUGGUAGGUGCUCCCAUGUACAUGAAUGACCUCAAGAAGGAAGAGGGAAAGGUCUACCUCUUCACCAUCACAAAGGGCGUCUUGAAUCAGCACCAGUUCCUUGAAGGACCUGAAGGUACUGGAAAUGCUCGGUUUGGUUCAGCAAUUGCAGCCCUUUCGGACAUCAACAUGGAUGGCUUUAAUGAUGUGAUCGUUGGUUCACCUGUGGAGAAUGAGAACUCUGGAGCGGUAUACAUUUACAAUGGUCACCAGGGUACCAUUCACACCAAGUAUUCCCAGAAAAUUCUUGGAUCUGAUGGAGCCUUCAGGAACCACCUCCAGUUCUUUGGAAGGUCCCUGGAUGGCUAUGGAGAUUUAAAUGGGGAUUCCAUCACUGAUGUAUCCAUUGGUGCCUUGGGGCAAGUGGUUCAACUCUGGUCACAAAGCAUUGCUGAUGUGGCUAUAGACGCUUCAUUCACUCCAGACAAAAUCACUUUGCUCGACAAGGAUGCUAAAAUAAUCCUCAAACUUUGCUUCAGAGCAAAGUUUAGACCUCCUGGGCAAAACCAUCAAGUGGCCAUCCUGUUUAACAUGACACUUGAUGCAGACAGAUACUCAUCCAGAGUAACCUCCAGGGGGAUAUUUAAAGAAAACAGUGAACGAUUCCUGCAGAAGAACACAGUUGUCAAUGAAGUACAGAGCUGUUCUGAGCACCACAUUAGCAUACAGAAGCCCUCUGAUGUUGUCAACCCUUUGGAUCUGCGUGUGGACAUCAGUUUGGAAAACCCUGGCACUAGCCCUGCCCUUGAAGCCUAUUCGGAUACUGUCAAAGUCUUCAGCAUCCCUUUCUAUAAAGAAUGUGGCAGCGAUGGACUUUGCAUCUCUGACCUGAUCCUGGACGUCCAACAGCUGCCGGCCAUGCAAAAUCAACCCUUUCUCGUCAGCAACCAGAACAAAAGGUUAACAUUUUCAGUCACACUGAAGAACAGAGGGGAGAGUGCUUACAACACAGCAGUCGUGGCUGACUUCUCAGAGAACUUGUUUUUUGCUUCUUUUACCAUGCCGGUCGAUGGAACAGAAGUAACAUGCCAGGUUGGCUCAUCGCAGAAAUCUGUUACCUGUGAUGUGGGAUAUCCUGCCUUACAGAGUGAACAGCAGGUGACUUUUACCAUCAACUUCGACUUCAAUCUUCAAAACCUCCAGAAUCAGGCAUCCAUCCAUUUCCAAGCCUUCAGUGAGAGCCAAGAAGCCAACAAAGCGGAUAAUUCUGUCAGUCUCAAGAUCCCUCUUCUGUAUGAUGCCGAACUUCACUUAACCCGAUCCACCAACAUAAACUUUUGUGAAAUCUCUUCAGAUGAGAAUGCCCCUUCUGUCAUAAACAGUGUUGAAGAUAUUGGUCCUAAAUUCGUCUUCUCCCUCAAGGUGACAACAGGAAGCUCUCCAGUAAGUAUGGCGUCGGUAACCGUCCACAUCCCUCAGUACACCAAGGCAAAGAACCCACUCCUGUAUCUGACCGGGGUGCAAACAGACGAGGCUGGCGACAUCAGUUGCACAGCAGAAAUAAAUCCACUAAAUCUGGGACCCGCGUCCUCCCCUGUGGCUUUCAAGAGUGAAAACUUCCGGACUACGAAAGAUUUGGACUGCAGAACCACCUCCUGCAGUGACAUCACCUGUUGGCUGAAAGACCUUCACAUGAAAUCAGAGUACUUCAUCAAUGUGACUACCAGAGUCUGGAAUGGGACGUUCGCUGCUUCGACUUUCCAGACCGUGCAACUGACAGCAGCAGCAGAAAUUGAUACACACAACCCUGAGUUGUACGUGAUUGAGGAAAACGCUGUCACGAUUCCCCUCAUGAUAAUGAAACCCACCGAGAAAGCCGAAGUACCAACAGGGGUUAUAGUAGGAAGCAUAAUUGCCGGAAUCCUCCUGCUGGCGGCUCUGGUUGCAGGUUUGUGGAAGCUUGGCUUCUUCAAAAGACAAUACAAAAAAAUGAGCCAAAAUCCAGAUGAGAUGGACGAGACCACAGACCUCAACAGCUAAACCUCCCCCACCCCAUGGACACCACGGCAUGGCGGCUGGUGACAUCCCAGCUAGAGUUCACUGUGUGGUGAAUGGAUUUCUUUUACAGUCCAGUUUUUAAAUAAUUCACUGGGCAAACUAGCCUGAUAAUUUCAGAGUAACUGCUGGUCAGUUGAGAAUGAAGACAUUAUGGGUCGGGGUUAGGGCUACAAAGAUCACACAUUAUACAGAAAGGAAAAGUACUCUUUAAACUGGCUAGUCCAAUGUUUACAUGCUAACAUUUACUGUGUCAGGAAGGUGGGGUGCGUCUACACGUGACAAGCCUUCAAAAAAAUUUUCAGAUUUGAGGGUGGGAAAGUGCAUGGGGAAUGCUCUUUUUAAUUUGAUUAACAAUAUCGAUAAAAGUGGAAAGCACCUGGUAUGUAUAUAAUACAUAACACAUAUUAUAUAUGUUAUAUGUAAUCAAUAUAGCAUAUAUAAGAAUGUAUUACAUAUAUAUAACUGUGACAUAAAUUAUAUUGUAGAUACUAUGUAUAUUAUACUGAGUCCUUCCACAUACAUAAUAACUAUAUUACUAUAAUGAAUAUGAAUGUUUGUUGAAAAGAGAGAAAACCAGCAUAGAUUGCUUUUUCAAUGUAUGCUGCUCAUCCAAGGUUGCUAGAGAGGAUACUUUUAGGUGACCAUCUUAUUUAUAAACUAGGUUUUAAAAAAAAAAGUCCUGCUAUUGCAGGAUGGUAAUCUCAGCUGCUCAGGAAGUUGAGGCAGCAGUCCGAGGUCUCCUUGAGUUGUACAGUGAGCUCAAGGCUACCCUGGACAACUUAAGGAGACCCUGUCUAAAAGCAAAAGGUAAAAUGAUGCUGGGGCUUAGCUUAAUCGUAGAGUGCUUGCUUGGCAGGAUCUUUAAAAAAAAGCAGAUAACAUUUGUUGCUUUCUUUCAGGCCCUGACUGCCUCUUCUGAGUCCUAUCUUACUAUAAACAUGCUUGAAUAACCAAGAAAAACAUUAUAUGUACAUAAUAAGUAUAUGUACAUAUAAUAUUUGCAGAUAAAUAUGCCACCUAUUAAAGAAACCCCCACAAACGUUAUGCUGGGGCAGGGACAGUUUUUAAAAGUCAAGGUACCAAAAUUUACUAGUAACCUAUACUAUAACAAAUUUAUAGUAGAACUGUCUGCUGGCGCCAUCCCUUGCGAAAGGAAAGGAGGAGGGGCAUUCCCUUUAGGAAUAGCAAGAGCUCUCUUUCAGUUGGUUAGAUAACUGGGAGGAACCUAGAGAUGAACAAUUUCUUUUGCUAACUGCCUCUCCCCUUCCCUGCUGCCCUUAAUGACAGAAGCCCCCGGUCGCCUGCCUUUUCUCUCUAGUAGUUAUCCACUCUAUCUCCCACACCGUGAAUGCCAACCCGCCCCCACACACUACCCCAAGUGGUGGGGUGAGAAAGUCCCCUGUCUAGUGCACACACCUGUGUGAUCACCGUUAUACACUAACUUUAGGGGGCUAUUUACAUUUGCUGACACACAACUAAGAAAACGACGCCUGCAUGUGUAGCUGUCGCAGUUACAAAAGAGGUGAAUGGAACAGCUCAGGGAUUUGCAGGCUGGGGGAGCAGCAGAAACCGCUAACGUAGCAGGGGCACCCAUUGUCCUUGACUGGGGCAGGCAACACUGAAACUCUUACUAGGUAGGGCUGAUAGAAAGCCCAGUGGCCCCCAUUUUGACAAGCACCCAGUGGUUGCGAGGUGAACAGACUGCACCCCAGGGAGUUGUACGCCCUUUCCACCCUCUGCACCUUAUUUCUGAGCCUAUACAUUCUCCAGAAGAGAGCUGGAAGAAAGGGGUUCAGGAACAACAGGGGAGGCCACUCUGUCACACACUGUAUGCGCCAAUCUUUGGCCCGGUCCUUAAUCUCCAGGAACUUCAUUGUUCUCAUUAUGAAAGGGGAAGUCAGGGUUAGGGCUGCUCAGUAGCAACUCAUUCUGAAAAGUCAACUGCAAGGAUUUCCUACUAUACAACCUCCGAGAACGGGACCUAGAGAGCUCAGAGGAAAACCAGCUCGCCUGUGUGUGUACGGAAGGCCUGGCCCCUGAGUGGCUGUCCAGAGCUAAGUGGACUAUUGAUUGACUUACUUUAUCCUUGAUAAAGCCAAACAAACAGAGGGGAAAAAAUAUUAGCUGUAAAUGUCAGGGAGGCACAGCAAAAACAGCUUGGUACUCUCUUAGUUACAAGAUCGAGAGUCCAGUUCUUCUAAGAGCUGUGUGGAAUCAUUGUGUCAUUCGAACCAAAAUUUUAUUUUAGAGUGGAGAAACCAGUCAUUAGGUUGACAGAGAAUACUUCACACACCAUGUUAAUCUACUGCAUGCGCGCGCGCACGCGCGCGCACACACACACACACACACACACACACACACACACACAGUUUUCUAGUGUGCUUUACUAGUACCCAUAGCACACAGUUCCUUUAUUUAACAGCCUCCCUCUCCUUCUGUAGGUAGUAAAUAGGGUUAUAUACACAUAGAACUUGUGACCUUUGACUAGCCUUGGCUUGGGUGAUCAGCUUUGAUUAGUUUUUAAGGGGUAGGGCUGGGUUACAACCAAGAUUUAGACACAGUCUCUAAAGCAUUUCUCACACAAGCCCCAGGGUCUAUGACAUUAGCAAUACUGUAAUUUUGGAGCAGGUAGUUUUAGGAGGGGAGGGCCUGUCUUGUUCCUUACUGGGUUUUAAGCAGCAUCCGUGGCCUCUACCUCCUCAAGGACAAAUUGCGUCUUCCGCCAUGGUCAGGACAAUAACAGAUGUCCCCAGUUGAGCCCCACACCCAGUCUUUACUAAACGACUCCUGUAUUUUUCAAGAACUUUUAAGCAAAGAUGAGUUCUCUCAAGAAAUUAUUGGGGCAGGUAGGCAGUGUUUGAAAGGAAGUUACAUGGUCCAUUCAACCCUGCCUUUGCUUCAAAAGUAUGCAUAGGACUCAAAAGAUGUCAGGUUAAAAUUUCCAUUUCAUAAAUGGUACAUCAUAAAAUGUGAUCUUAAACACCUGAGUUGCUUCCUGUGUGGUCAUCACACAGCUCUGUAAACAGCAGGAGGGCAAAAUAGUGUAAUAAAGAAACUGAACACAUUUCAAGUUAUGUACCACUCAUCUUAGCAGCAAACUAUGAACGCCUAGCUGGACAGACAUUUUCAUAACUGGCAGUGUUACUUUCAUAAAACAGUGCAACUUGCCUUUUAACUGUGAAGACGAAAGACAACUACAGCCAAUUUAUGGUAGUCACACAAGUGAUUAUUCUAAAUUAUAAAUAAUAAUGCUACACUGUAUCGAUCCUGAUACACAGCUGUAACCUAACAUGUGAAAGCCUCAAGAUUCCAUUCAUCAGAAGGCAGGAUACUCAGGAGAGUUUCGUCAUCCUUACACACAGAACAAGUCUAUACACAGCCUCCUAGAACUAUGCCCUUCAUGUACAUUCAGGAAGGUUCGUUCCCAUUAACAUGACAGAGUAAACAUCCAGUUAAAAGAUAAACAUGGGGGUGAAUUGGGGAGUAAUAUAUUUACUACUUUGAAUUUUAAAGUAUAAAGAUGUAAUCAUUGUGUAAAUAUAUAGAUUAUAUUGUUUGUACUUGAUUUUGGCAAAGGAAGCCAAAUGUAAAUGUAUAUAUUGCACAGCUAUAUUAGAAUUAUCUAUUUUUAAAAGAGGAGAUUGUCUUAUUUCCUUCACGCAUGAUAGGUAAUCUGGUUAAGAUGUAACGUUUGCAGGUUUUAAUUAAAUGUUUUGUCUUUUUUCUCUCCACCAAAAGUAAAUAAGAUGAAUGUAUUUGUUUGUACACCAACUUGGUGAAUUUAUUUGAUUUCUUAGGAACAAUCAAAUUGUAGUAAUUGACACAAAUAAAAGCCUUUCUGGUAUCAAAGCAUGAGAACCAGACUGGAAAGUUGUAUUUACUUGUAAAUUGUUCUUUUCAUACCCUGUCGUUAAACGUCAUUAAAACUGUUUUGAAGGUGA